GCUCAGUUGCAUAGUGACAAUCCCAUGAGAAGAAUGGUGCCAAUUAGGAUUUUAGUGGCUCUAAUCAGCGUGAAAGUGGGUCUCAGUACCGAGCAACCGGAUCGAAAUAAUAAUCUCAGAAUUCGGUUCGAUCCUCAAGACUACACUAUCACUUUCGGUGAGCCUGUAACGCUGAAUCUGUGGAUUGAUGGUUCAUCAAGCAAAAAUUUGUCCGUGCAGUUCAGCACCAACGACAACAGUUUCGUACAUGUGGUGCCCGAAAUUACGUGGAUUCGUCAAUAUGAAGCUCACUCCAAUAACAUAACAACUGUGGAAGCAACCGGACUUCGCCCAGGCCGGUUCAUUAUCAAACCUGCGGUGGAACCGGAGGGAGUUAUUGACGACAGAAGAUUAUUUGUACGGCUAAAAGUAGCUCUAUAUCACCCAUUGAUCCUCAUAUCUCUACUGAUUGGUUGGAGUUAUACGGCAUGCUGGUGCGGUGGUUACUACCCUCAGAUCUUUUUGAAUCAUCGCAGAAAAAACGUCGUCGGUCUCAGUUUUGAUUUUCUCCACAUUAACAUUAUUGGGCAUAUUAGCUAUGCCAUCUUCAAUUCACUUAUGUACUGGAACAACUAUAUUGAGCAAGAAUAUUUCAACCGUCACCCCUUCGGAUUGAAUCCAGUGAUCGGAAAUGACGUGGGGUUCGCCGUGUAUGCAUCCUUCGCCACAGGUUACACUAUUUUGCAGUGCUACAUGUAUGAAAACGGGGGAAACUCUGUUUCUACCAUUGCCAAAGCGAUUAUUGGAUCCCAUUUCAUCGUGAUCCUGGGUUCACUGGGGAUGGUGCUCUUCGGGUCCCAUCAUUGGUUGGAUUUUUUGUACGUGUUGAGCUACGUCAAGCUGUCUACGACCUUGAUCAAAUACUUUCCGCAGGCAUAUAUCAACUACAAAAGAAAAAGUACCGAGGGAUUUGCCAUUAUGAACCGGUUACUGGAUAUCGCGGGUGGAUUGUUCGGGAUUUUGCAGAUGGUGAUUAAUGCGUGGAAUUUUGAUGAUUGGCAAUCGAUACUUGGUGACCCAGUUAAGUUUGGAUUGGGGGUGUUCUCAAUCCUGUUCGAUUUGGUAUUUAUUACACAACACUACAUUCUGUAUCGUAACCCGAGUAAAAAGUACAAAACUGAAGGCAGUGGAAUGAAAGUGGUUUAUAACUUGGCCGGUUCACAAUAAUGUUUAGGUCUAAAUCAUAAACCCACCGAGAUGUGUUUUGAAAUUGUUAGAUUUUUCUAAUCGAAGAUAGAUAGAUUUAUUACCUGUGUGCAAUAGACUGCCCAAAAAAUAAUGAUUUUUUUAAAAACUUAAUCGGUCCACCCCUGAGUCGAUUCCUAGUCCCACCAGGAGUACUUGCACCAAAUUUGAAGCAAAUCGGACAAGUCUAGCUACCGGACCAACGUGCCUGAAGUUUAUAUGGGAUUUUUCGACAAUUUACAUGGAGAAACCUCACUAGCUCGCCUUUUCGCCGCUAGGUGGCACUGUAUGCAUUGUCUUAUCAUUGUAAGUGAAAAUAAGAAAGAGAAUUUAUUUGUCUACAACUUUGUCGAAGACUGCUAAUCAACCCGGCUUUGUUAAAAGAAGUUAUUAAACUUUUAAUGUAGAGAUGUCUGAGUCAGUUUUGCAUGGGGCUUAGCAGUGCAAGGUUGUGUAUCGGGACUCGAUUCCCACCCACUACACGUCCUCGACAAAGUUGUAGACAAUUAAAUAAUCUUUCUUACUUUCAACUACAGUGAUAAUACGAUGCAUACCGUGCCACCUAGCGGCGAAAAUGCGAGCUAAUGGGGUUUCUCCAUGUAAAUUGUCGAAAAAUCCCAUAUAAACGUCAGGCAGUGCCACCUAUCGGCGAAAAUGCGAGCUAGUGGGGUUUCUCCAUGUAAAUAGGGAUCUUUAAUUUGGAAUUGUGUCAGUUUUUCAUAUGUAUUAAUAGCGGGUGUCCUUACGAGUACACUCAUAUCAUUCUUAAACCCUUAUUAUUCUUUUCUGAUUUUCAAAUAAUAAAAAAAAAACAAAUUAAAUUCAACCAACAAACUGACAGUUGUCCAACUAAAUGACGUAUCUGCAAAUAUCUCGUUCGCCUCAUUGUUAACCGGGACAGCACCCCACAUAGACUUUUCUACGGCUCAUGUACGUACACGCCACAUGACACAAAUACUACAUUACAAGCUGGUGGAAAAUAAUAAACAAAGACGGCAUAAGUAAAUGGGAUUGUUUUCAACCAGGAAACUUCAUUAGUGUCCUAAAAGGAAACAAACUAAAAAAUGUUUUUUUUAAUAGUUUCGGGCCUAAGAAUUGAAAAAGGACUGAGAUAUUAAAUUACGGUACUACAGUCGUGAUUCGCUGGUUGGGCCACACCUCUGUCCAACUAACGAAUUUGAUUUGUUAGUUGGACCGACUGACAGAUGUCAAAAACUCUCCAAAGGAGACGUUAGUAGUCUAAAUGCAUCUAUUCACAUUUCUAAUAAUUGUCAGAUUGUUUGUCAAAGUAAAUUUGACAUAAGAUUUUGACAUUCAGAUGCUUUUUAGUUGGACAAUGGUCCAACUAGCGGAGGUCCAACUAAAAAGCGGUCCAGUUAAAAAGUGUCCAACCAGCGAAUCACGACUGUAAUCUGCAUCAGCAUAUGCCUUAACCCGCACACCCCUAAAGAUCCCUAUUGUCGAAAAAUCCCAUAUAAACUUCAGGCACGUUGGUCCGGUAGCUAGACUUGUCCGAUUUGCUUCAAAUUUGGAGCAAGCACUCCUUGUGCGACUAGAAAUCGACUCAAGGGUGAGCCGAUGGGGGUCAUUUUUGCCUUUCUCAUAUCAAGAAAGGCUAUGCAAUCACUGUAAAAAUCGACUUUUUAACCGAGGCCCGGAGGGCCGAGUGUCAUACACCAUUCGAUUCAGUUCGUCGAGAUCGGCAAAUGUCUGUGUGUGUGUAUGUAUGUGUGUGUGUGUGUGUGUGUAUGUGUGUGUGUGUCAUUUAAACUCACACAAUUUUCUCAGAGAUGGCUGAACCGAUUUUCGCAAACUUAGUUUCAUCUGAAAGGUAUAACGCUCCCAUAAGCUGCUAUUGAUUUUUUAGUUGAUCCGACUUCCGGUUCCGGAGUUACGGGUUGAAGAGUGCGGUCACACAGCAAAUUCCCAUAUAAACUGGUACCACCAUGAUGUUCAAAUGAUGUAAAACAUAUUAAAAUUGAUGUAACAUUACUCUAGUUUGCGGGUCUGGAUCACUAAUGAUCAGUCAAAGCAGCUUUGACCACAUUGGCCACCUAUGACGGAUCAUGACACCCCCGGGGAACCCACCAAGUUCCUAAGCUAAUAUAACACCCAUUCCCCAACGAAUUCUCUACCGAUUUUUACAAACUUGAUUUCAAAUAAAAGAUAGAGUAAUACCAUUGACUGCUGCUGAAUUUCAUUCGGUUCUGACUCUUGCUUCCGGGGUUACAGGGGUAUUAGUAAGGAUACACUGGAAUUUCCCAUAUAAAUCGGUACAAUCGUAAUACCUCAGAGGCAAAAAAAUAUUGAAAUAGUCACCAAAUUACUUCUAAUCGUAGGUUUAGAUCACUGAUUGCCAAUUUGAAUAUAUUGUCCACUAUCGACGAUUCCGGAAGUCCGGAAUUCCGGGCAUAUUCCACAAUUAAAGUCACAUCAGUUCAUCGGUGAUGACUGAACCGAUUUUCUCAAACCAAGUCUCAAAUGGAAGGCAAAAUAUGCAGUUGAGUAUUGCGUCGCCGCACCUCCCCCCGCCUUGCCCUUACACCUCCCUCCUUCAUCACUCCCCUCCCCUUGGACCACCCUCACACCCGCAUUUCCUUCGUCCACCCGGUAUACCGAAAUAAGAUGAAGGAUUUCUGACGCAUCCUCCACUUCCACUCUACUAACCCCCCAUUCCCUCCACUUUCAAACCCAUUCCACCAACAUUUCAAAAUAUAAUCACAUGAAGAUAACAUUGAACUCAUGCUGAUUAAGCUAAUUAAAUAUUAUUCUUUUGCCUCAUAUAGAAAGGUUAUGCAAUUGCUCCAAAGACCGGCUGUCUAACCGAGGCCCGGAGGGCCGAGUCUCAUAUAACAUUCGACUCAGUUCGCCGAGAUCGCAAAAUAUCUGUGUGUAUGUAUGUAUUUGUGUUUGUAUGUGUGUAUGUAUGUAUGUAUGUAUGAAUGUAUGUGUGUAUGUGCGGAUUUGUUAACAAAAUGUUCACAUCGGUUUCUCGGAGAUGGCUGAACUGAUUUUUACAAACUAAGAUUCAAAUGAAAGGUAUAAUAUUCCCA